ACCCUGACCAUGUACUUCCAGCAGUCCUGGAGGGAUAAAAGGCUCUCUUAUUCUGGAAUACCUUUGAACCUAACUCUGGACAACAGAGUGGCUGACCAGCUCUGGGUGCCGGACACGUAUUUCCAAAAUGACAAGAAGUCAUUCGUCCACGGGGUGACAGUGAAAAACCGAAUGAUUCGACUCCAUCCAGACGGGACAGUCCUCUAUGGCCUACGGAUCACAACAACAGCUGCUUGCAUGAUGGAUCUACGCAGAUAUCCUCUGGAUGAACAAAAUUGCACACUAGAAAUUGAAAGUUAUGGAUACACUACUGAUGAUAUUGAGUUUUACUGGAAUGGAGGAGAGUCGGCAGUAACGGGAGUUAAUAACAUUGAGCUCCCACAAUUUUCUAUCGUUGAUUACAAGAUGGUAUCAAAGAGAGUGGAAUUCACAACAGGAGCGUAUCCCCGAUUAUCGCUUAGCUUCCGGCUUAAAAGAAAUAUUGGAUACUUCAUUUUGCAAACCUAUAUGCCUUCCACACUGAUCACAAUUCUGUCGUGGGUAUCUUUUUGGAUCAAUUACGAUGCCUCUGCAGCCAGAGUUGCUCUAGGAAUCACAACUGUGCUGACCAUGACCACCAUCAGCACCCACCUCAGGGAGACAUUGCCAAAGAUCCCUUACGUCAAGGCAAUAGAUAUUUACCUGAUGGGGUGCUUUGUGUUCGUGUUCCUGGCCUUGCUGGAAUACGCCUUUGUAAACUACAUAUUCUUUGGGAAAGGACCCCAACGUCAAAAAAAGGCAGCAGGCAGGGCAGGACACGCUACGGGCGAGAGGGGCAGACUGGAAACAAAUAGAGUCCAGGUUGACCCCCAGGGAAACAUGCUUCUUAGCCCGCUUGAAAUACGAAAUGACGUCAGCAGCAGCCUCCGCGACCCCCGAGCCACCACGUACACCUACGACAGUGCCAACCUGCAGUACAGAAGAGCCACUUCCAGCAGGGACCUCUACAGCAGGAGUGCUCUGGACAGGCACAGGCUUCAUAACAAAGGACGCUUACGAAGAAGGGCAUCCCAGAUCAAAGUCAAAAUCCCUGAUUUGACUGAUGUUAACUCGAUAGACAAGUGGUCCAGAAUGGUCUUUCCCAUCACGUUUAUUCUUUUCAAUGUUGUUUACUGGCUGUAUUAUGUCCAUUAAUUUAUACAAUAAUGUUGUCAUCUAACAUAAUUGGACUUGUUUCUUUUCCUUUAAACUUUGUUAACUCUGAAGAACUGCAGUAGCCAUAACAUUACAAGUCCAAGGUAAGAUAACCAGCCAUCAAAUACUUCUAAAUUUAAGCUUUUAAAAAAAAAACACCAAACAACCCAAAUCAGCAUGACCACAUUCAGAUCAGAAUAGUACAGAUCUGCUCUUAAAGAUCAUCUUCAGCAAAAGCACUAUAGCUUGAUUUUUACAAAGAGUUUGUACAUCGCUCAUGAGGUGUCUGUACCCACUUUUUUUUUUAAAUGGAAUAAAAAUUAGUCCUACUGUAUUUCUUACCACAUAUUGGCAGCCCACAGCAGCAUACUUCCAAACAAGACAGUCUUUCAGCAUUUAGAAUGCAGUUAUUGAAGACAUAACUGUUUGAAGGAUUAAAACUACUACAUCAUGCAUCAUUUUGAAGUUAAUAGUUACACUAGGAAGUAUUUCCAUAGUAUCUGCGAGAAGUCAGUCAGUUCACAUUUUCAGAGAGGCAGGGAUCUUCAAAAGAAAAGAAAAGGCAGCAAAGACAAAUCCCACUGAGUUUCCAACUAAGGAAUCAGCUGAUUGGAUCUAACUGGAAUUUUGUUAUUUCCAAAAAGUAGCAAAGUUGAAAAUGAUGAGAACAAUUGUGCCAUCUGUAAUUUUGUAUUAAAAAGUAGAAAACAGACACGCGUUCAUUCCUAGAAGCAACUACUGAGGGACACCCCAGCUCAAGAGUGGCCACUUUUCUUGAUGCCCAUGGCUGGUAAUUGCAACACAUUCUCCCAAAAGUUGGCAGAUGUCAGGGAAGAGACCUGAGAGCUCUGCACACAGUUUCCUACAGAUUUCCUGACUCCACUGAGGAGCAGGAGAUACAGCUGAGUCCCAUAGCACCCUGGUGAUGUUGGGUACACUGCUCCUGAGGAGUUGCCUCUCCUUACCCAGCUCCUUACUCAGAACCACAGCCAAGGAGCUGUGGGAGAAGUGCUACCAAGCUGCAUCCAGCUGAGGAGUGAUAGGUCAGUCAUCUCCUCCUAUCUAUGUCUGUAUCAAAUCCAUUUCCCUUCUCUACUGCCAGCUUCAGAUCACCACAGUCCAAAAUAUAGGGUCCAUUCUCAUGUACUGGGAGUCCUACAACACACGCCACCAAUACAAACCUCAUCCCUGCUGCCAGUAUUGAACAGCACACAUCAAGGCCUGGCUGUAUCGAGAGCUGGAAGUCACGAUCUUGAGAGAGAAAACAGCUGCCAGCUCUUGGCAUGAAAUUUUGCAUCAGGGGCUAAUAGUCGCACAACAUACAGAGGCAAGAGCCACUUACUGCAGGUUGGCAGCAUCUUAGCCCAGAGCCAGCAUCUCCUGCCUCCCACUGAGAUCCUCUCCACACAUUUAACUACUAACUCUGGUAAAGAAAACAGAAUUUGGCAUACAAGCUCACAAGGCACACUGGAUUUAAACUAAAGCCUCUUUUAAAGCCUCAAAAGAGAAUUAAAACCAAAACUUGGGAACAGGGUGUAAAACCAGAGCUAGCACAUUUUCCACUUUCCACUACUUUUAGAAAAAAAGCUUUCAUUUGAGAGCAAUAGCUUGGCAGCAAGGAAAAAACAAUUAUCAGAGGUAUGGGAUGGAAAAACGUGGCAAUUUAUGGGUUACCCAUAUACAUUGCUAUCUAGAGCUAGGAAUUAGUGAGCACAAAAGAGAAACAACCUCAUCAGUAGGUUGGUUUGACUCGUUUUAAGCAAUAAAGGGGAAUAACACAGUGAUGGAGCUUGGCAUUACAGUCGAAUUUUGGUAGUUACUUUGCCUGCCCAUAGGAACCACAAGCUCAGCAUAGGUAAGGUCCUAUUGCUAAUUAAGUUUCAGGUAAAGCACCUCACAAUUUGUGCUGCUGUUUCAUGCAAUUUGUGAGUUUGAAUAGAUUAUUUAAAGAAUUUUGCAAGUCCUUUUUAGCUAGCUUUCCCAAAGACAAGAGCUUCUACUGUCACUGAGUGUGUGCGUUCGUGUGCUUGUGCUAGAGUCUCCCAAUAAAAUUUGAAUCUAUUAGCAGUUUCAAUCAAAAGAUAACAGAAGAGUAUGGAUCCAGGAGAUAACACAUUCCUUCAAGUUUCAACAAAGCAGGUAGCUGAGCAGAGGAUAAAGCUCCUUCUUAAUCCAUCCCUUUUCUCUGGGAGAAAGGGAUUCAAUGAACCCCAAGCUUAUUAGUCAUCACAGAACCCACAUGGGAGGGCAAUUCAAUACCCAGAUACAUGGGGAAAUAAGGUUCAUUGGUUUCCAUGAUCCUGAAACUAUUUAUUCCACACUUACAAUGAUCUUUUAAUCUCGUUCUAAUCUUACUUCUCUUCAGCAGUAUCCUACCCUGACUAUGAAGAAGCAGUCAGUGGCUAAACCAGCAGCAUCUUUGGAGCACCUAUUUCUUUGAGAGCAGAGUAAAUUAAAUAGCUCCUCUGUGCUUGUCCAGGGCUUCAAACUAGGAUGGAGCCAGCCAGGAGACUGCAGUGAUUUUGGUCACCUCUCUAAUAUCAAUCCAGCUGAGUAGCCAGCCUGUGAACCCUCCUUGGAUGAGCAAAACCAUGGAUUUACAAGAGCCUUAUCACUGUGAUGGCAGGCACAAGAGCUGGGAUCAGCCCAAAACUGUGUGAGAGUCAGCUCCAGUCACUCUGAAGGAUAAACCAAAACCCUUCCACCUCACACAAUUCAAACAAUUAAGGAGGAAUAGCAAUAGUGGUAGAUAAGAUCUUAAAACACCACAAAAAAAGGACCUUUUCAAUAUCACAGGAGUAUUUAUGACAACAUUCCUUUGCUCGAUGCUACCACUGAACAGCAGAAGCUGCUGUUUCAGAGUUAUCCACUGGUUCACCUUGUUCACCCUUAUACAAAAUGUUCCAUCCCCUUGUGCUGCUAACACCGCCUUGGAAGUAUUUGUCAAAAAAGGGCUGUGUUAUAUCUGUUGCAUACAAAAAUAUUUUAAAAUGGUUUCUGCAUUGAAAAGCAUAAAAACAACAUCUGUGAUUGUAUAAGUAAGUUUCUUCCAACCCCAUAAUCCCAAAGAAGACAGGAGGUCAUAGAACAAUAUUUAAUUUCAGAAUGUGAUGAUACUGAAAUGUAUAUGCACAGGGUGAAAGAAUUAAGAGACAAGUGAGAAAUCUGGCAUUUUUUAAAGGAAGACUGCGUGAUUUUGAUCUACUUACUGUCUUAGGAGUGCAGAGUGAAUUAUGUUGUCUGCUCCUUGGCAUGUUUGUUUCUCAAUUUUAAGUCAUUUUGAGUCUCCAAGUGUUAGAAAAACAUCACCUAGUGCCAGUCUAAGAAAUGGUAUGGUAGUCAUUCUUUUACACUUUUAUUCUUGGCAAAAUCAUGGAGUGUUCAUUACCAAUUAGGAGCUAAGAUAACUACAUGGCAGCAGAACCAUGUUAUCUCUCUGAAGACGGUCUCUGAUCAAUAAUGUCUUUUAACUCAUCACUGCCUAUCUGUAUAUACACAGUCUUAAGAGGAAAGCAUAAAAUAUCAACCACGAAAAAUGUUCAUAAAGAUGGCUUCCUUUGGCAGAUUAUGCAUUUCAGUGAGAGCAUCAGCAACCUUGUUGGAAUCUCUGAACAUGUCAGUUUCCUCGUUCCCAUAUCUGAAAUGUCAUUUGCUGUUUUGAUGCAGCUGGCAACAUAUUAUCUGAUUUUUUUUUUUAGAUUCUCAGAAGCAACCAACUUUGAAUAUUGUGUGCUGCAGAAAAUAGCAGCAUUACAAAGGAAAGGUAGCAAAUCAUCAUUUCAAGAAAGAGCUCGAUGAGACUUUGGCAUAGGUAAAGAGUUCGGGAUUACAUUUUACAAAGGCAGUUAAUAGCAGCUCUCAUCACAUCAUCCAUCUAAAUCAAUAUUAAAAGAAAUAUGAGAGGUCUGAAAUCUCUGCAUUCCCAAGAAACAAAAAUUCCUUCUUUUACUGUAGCCAUUAAAAUAAAAGUUAUUUAAUCUAUACGAUGCUAGGGAUCCUUCCCCCCCUCAAGACAGUCCACCACCAAAGCAGUACCUGUGGACCUGCAGUACUUUCCAGUUAAAGUCUCCAUACUCUCUGGUGCCUUUCAUUAUCGUAUUGGCUAAAUCAGCUGACUAAUCUGAUACUAAAAAAUAGCCACAGCCCUCUCGAUGUAGGACUCUCAUUGGUGUUAGCACAUAUGAAGAGUACCUUUGAGUAAAA